AUGGCUAGACUCCAAGAUACGGCUUUGGCUCGAGUCGAUGGCCUCCCUAAGGUGCACAAAGACGGCGCUCCUCUCCGACCCAUCGUGUCACUCAAAGGGACUCCAACGUACGGACUGGCUAAGUGGCUGUUCCGGCGUCUCAAGUUCCUGACCGCUGAGUCAGACACUACGGUCUCUUCGUCAGCACGAUUCCUGGAGAAACUCAAAGGCGUAAGCAUCCAUCCAAAUGAUGUCAUGAUAUCUUUUGAUGUUACAUCUCUUGUUACUUCUAUUCCCCAGGACCUUGCGAUCGAAAAAAUUGAGCUGCUACUACAAAGCAAAUACGCUGAAACGGAGAACCGUCUUGGACACGCCCAAGUCUUUCAGCUCCUGAAACUUUGUCCCAGGACGUACUGCACAUUCGACGGCACAAUCUACGAACAGGUGAAGGGCACACCAAUGGGCUGGCGGAUUUCGGGGUUCAUCGCCGAGGCAGUCCUGCAACGGUUAGAGUCACUGGUCUUCCAACACCACAGACCAAAAUUGUGGGCCCGGUAUGUGGACGAUGCCUUCGUCGUCAUCGAACAGGAUCAGGUGUUGACAUUCCAAGAACUUCUCAACGCCGCCUUCCCGGACAUUCAAUUUACGAUGGAGGAGGAAGAAAACAACCAGCUGGCCUUCCUGGAUGUCCUCGAAUGCCGCAAGGAUUGUGGUGGACUAAAAAGCAAAGUGUCCAGGAAAGCAACAAAUACGAUACAAGUACUGAACUUCAACAGCAACCACACAAUCAGUCACAAACGCAGUUGUGUAAGGACGCUCUAUCAGCGUGUCGAAACGCACUGCAGUGAGCCGGAAGAAAAGAUUGCCGAACUACAAUACAUCCGACGGGUCUUCAAAGCCAAUGGCUACCCGCCCAACUUCGCCGACCGGAGCAUACGCAAAAUGGACGAAAGGCCUAAUCGCAUGGACACCAAAUCCUGGCGGGCACUUCCGUAUGUCAAGAACGUUUCGGAAGCUGUCGGCCGCCUUCUCGCAGCACUUGGGGUUGGAGUUGCACACAGACCGGAGGCAACCAUCAGGCGUCAGUUAAUGAAACCGAAAGACCCAUUGCCACGGCUAGAAACGUCUGGAGUCGUAUAUCGGAUCUUGUGCAGUUGCGGACAAAGCAACUGCGUCGUAGAAACCGGAAGACAACUCCAAACGACAAUGGCCGAACACGCUGCAGCGGUGCGGAGAAAUGAAAAUAGCUCUCAAGUUGCGGCUCAUUCGACGAGAUGA